AUGCCUGUUCUAUUCACGCACAGUACGAGUUGGACGCGCAGCGCCAAGCUCAGCCAGUCCCAACUCCAACAUGUGGAAGGCAACACUCAAACGACCUACGAUCGAGACCAGAGUGAAACGUACCUAAACCAUCCUAAACCCGACUCUCAAGAUCCGAUCUAUCUCGCAAAAAGCAUCAAAAAGCAACACCUGGCGGCUAGUAUCGGGUGUCACAGACUGAGGUCUGACGAAGCUUAUGCCAUCAUUCGGUGUGGUGUGGAUUCGGAGAUAUUCAAGAGCUUUAAACAGGAGUUGGUGAUAUAUCCCAGAUAUGAGAAGAGCACAGAGGACAAGAAACCGGAGAAGGCUGCUGCAAGCCCAUUGGUGUUGUCCUUUGUUCUCCUGGUUGGUGCCGUAGCCUAUUUGUGA